UUCUGAAGGUUGAACCCGAAAGUGUUGCUUCGCCGAAAUGUCCCACCAGAUCCGUUUGUGGUGGAAGAAGACCAUCCGAGCGAUUCAAUCGCUCGACGAUGAGAGACAUUACUUUCGUACGCUGGAAUGCGCCUAUGUUUUAGCAGGAAUCGAAACUCGAGCAGAAAACCCAUUGUUGCGGAUCCUUUUCCGCUUCUACCAAAUCAUGAUCGUUCUACAGUAUCUCUUAUGUGCGGAUCGGAUCUACAUCGAACUGGUCGCGGAUAAUUUUUCGACGGAUUUCUUCAUUAGGCUCGCCUAUAUUGGCGAGCUGACGACGCUGCUGAGCAUUAUUGGAUUCACUAGACUGUAUCUGAAGGAGUUGGCAGAUUUCCGAACCUAUUUGGAGAUCCGCUUGGACAGUAAUCGAACCAAGGAACGGGAUCAAUCCUAUCGUCUGAUUCGCAACAUUCUGCUCGUCAUGCAACCGAUGUUCCUAGUUGAUCAAUCGAUCAUGUAUCUGUUGGGCUUGCUUGAACUGCCAGUGUACCAGGUUCCGGAGAAUUUGAGGGGAAAGGGACGCUUGGCUGGACUCCUGGUUACCUUAGUGAACGAAACCAAUAGUUUGUUCAUAGCAACAUUGCUCGCAGCGGUCAUUACCAUCGUCAACAGCUACAUGAUGUCGUUUUGCGCCGAACUGAAAAACAUUGCCACCGAUUUGGCCGACAUUUUCGAUCGAGCUGAUCGAGAGAUUGAAGAAACGGUCAGCAACGAUCAACGGGUGAAGGGAAACCCAAGUGAACUGGAGGUGUUCAAAGAGCUGAAGUUCCUAGUCGUUCUGAAGCGAGAAUUGUGUGUCUUCGCUGCAAGACACAGCGACUUGUUGGCUCAGUUGAAUACCGUGAAACCGUUCUUCAAAUGGAUCUUCUUCUGUCUGUUCUACGGUCAACUGGUGACGGUAGCGGCCGUGUUGUUCUACAUGAAAAUACAGGGCAUAACUACUGAGACUGUACUUCUGGUUACUUACACGUCCAGCGUUUUGUUCGGUUGCUACUGGUUCUGUCUGCUGGCGGAUGAUAUGAACGAUGCGAACGAGCUCAUCGGUGACACCCUGUACGACCUGGACUGGCCCCAGCGAAUGCGAUAUCGGACAGAAAAACAGCGAGAAUAUCGGGAGAUCCGCGCCUCGAUGCUGACAGUGAUGAUUAACUCCCGGCACAAUUUGGGAAUUAGCUGCGGAGGGUUGUUCAACAUGUCGUCCCAGGCUUUCACCAGUUUGAUGAACAUGAUCUACCAGAGCGUGAUGUUUCUGAUGAAUAUGGUGCCGUAAGUGGAAAAAACGGCAAUAGAGAGGGGAUCAUUGUUUACAAAAAUAUUUCAAAUGUGUUCCUGAAAAAAUUUACAAGCAUUGGCCACGGAUUGUUUAUAAGAUAUUCAAAAUCUGCAAAUAAUUAAAGAUCUUUAAUUCGCUUAAUGGGAGUCGGUAGCUGUUUAGAAAUAAUUC